AUGUGCUCCCCCGGCCCGGUUCAAUCUCAGGAUGCAUUAAAAGAAAUCAGUCGUUGUCGUGAGGAUAGCACAAGUCGAUUGGACUUAUCCAAAGGACAGCUUCAUUCACUCCCAACAAGCAUUCGUGACUUGGCUGUACAUUUGAAAGAAUUGUAUUUGUAUUCGAACAAGCUAGUCAGUCUGCCCGUUUCAGUUCAAUUCGUACAACCAUUAACCAUGCACUAUCGUGCACCGGAGAAGAAAGGAAAGUCGAAAGUGGAAUCGAAAAAAAUGGAGAAGUUCAGUGGUCUAAGGCUGCAAAUAGAUUGGGGAGAUGCACGAACGCCACUGUUUACGACACCCAGCCAUAUCGCUCAGUGUCUCUAA